UUCCAACCCACACCAUCCCACAUCGUGGGCUGGUGAUUGAGUUAUCAUCCUGGCGGCGUGGCGAUGUAGUACGCCGUUGGCAAGCACAAGGAUUGCCUUCCCGACUGCAGGAGCGAACAAAGAUGGCCUUCGCGACUGCUGCAGCAGAGUAAAGGGCUAUCACCGCGGACCCUGCUGGCCUGCUUCUGUGCAUCUCCAGUACUAGCGCACUCGAUGUUGCUGUAGUUCAACCUCGGGGGGAACCUGAGGAUGAUGGUCAAGAACCAUGGCUUGCCCGCGGCGUCGGGAGGACUAUCGUGGGAAACUGAUCCAACGGGCCACGACGGACUGGGAAUCGAGUUACCCCGUCCCCCCGGAGUAGUGGCCGGCCGCCAUCGCCUAAGUAGGCACGGGCUAGAGGAGUUGGCUCUCCAAGAGCUCAUGGGAGGGAGAGGCCGGGGGGGCAUGUAGUUUCUACGAUGAUGAGGCGUUGUGUGGUCGUGUCGACGAAAGCAGUGAUGUUGUUAGCGGCCGACGCUGCUGUCGCACCUGGCGGUUUCUCCAAGCCCAUGCUUUCCACGGAGCGAUUCACGGCAAGGAUGAGCGAAAGAAUGCCAGAAUCGAGGGUCCACACCAGGGAGGAGAAGAAGCGCAACUUCAGAGACGACCUGGUGCUGGUGGUGGCAGGGGAACAAUAUGGGAGGACUAUCAGCAGUACCAGCGGGAACAACCGCUCUCCGUUUCGAACCUUGACAGCACGGGGACGGGGCUGCGUUCGAGGGCUCGGUUGGAGAGCUGCAGCCUGGUUUUCUAUCCUUUUGGGCGUCGCAAUCUUCGGGAAGGCUGGCAUUGCGAGGGGAGGGAGUAGGGGGCGGAGGCGGGGUGUGGGAUGAAGGGCGGGGGGGUGUUGCCACCGCCGCCCGUGCUGCGCCAGCUGCUGGAGCGUUGAUGCUGAUGCUGAAGGGGGGGGGAGGCAACGGUGGUGGCAAGCAGCCGCGAAAGAUGAAACAAGAGGCUUACUUACCACGUUGGGUUUUAUGGUCAUCGUGUAGAUUCGGAUGUGGCAAGAGACACGGCGCUGCUGUUUGUAGGCGAGAAUUUGCUGCGUGUGAAGAACGUCAUUGCUCAGAGUGUGCGAAUUUGCGCUUGUUUUGUUUCUGCUCUUCUUGAACUGCGUGCGUGUGUUUGUGUCCGUUGUCCCAUUUAUUCUGGAAUUGAGUGUUUUUUUUACGUGUUCCGGUAUGCUUUAUUCUGAACGCAUCAUCAGGGGUCAUGAAGGACGAAGGCUACACGACAGCAGCUUUCGCGUGUUUUUUUUCACCUUCCUUCACUAUGUGCUCCUUCACCUUUCGACGCGAAAAGAGUUCAGCCGUCGCUUUCCAUCGUCGACCGUGAACUCGAACCUGUACCAGAGGGUUUUAUACACCAUCAUCAGGGCUCUGUAGUCUACCAGCCGACAUGCACGGGGACAUCCGAGCGGCCGUUGCGCUUCAUACCUUGUCUGUCUGUGCUUAAUGUGAAUAUAGAUGAACGCGGAAGCAUUUUUCGCCAACCCCAGUUCACCGAUUAAAAUUCACGCCUAGAUGCUUUCGCCGUAGGGACUACUGCAGGACGUAGUG